AUGGAUCCCCCUGGGGGGAACGUGCGUGGUUUUGGGGGGCAGGCUUACGGAGCCCCUGAGUUGUGGUAUCGCUCUUUACCUCCUAUAACGCGCGCAGUUGCAACGGCGACAUUCGUCCUAACUCUGCUUGUAAAUCUUGGAAUGCUGCCUGUGCAGCUGUUGAUGCUGGACUGGCACUUGGCGAUAUUUCGACUGCAGUUCUGGAGGCUGUUAACAACGGUGUUGUAUGUGGGGCGUUUCUCGUUGGGUUGGGUCUUUCACAUGUACAUGUGGCUGCAUGUCAGUGGAGAUUUGGAAACAAAUGCAGUUUUCUCGGUGGCUUCGAAAGGAGCAUAUCUGCUCUUUAUUCUCUUUACAACUAUCGCCACUUCCCUCCUCUCCCUUCUCGUCUUCUGGCCCGCAGGGGUAUACUUCCACGCAGAAGGCGUGAUGUUUGCGUGUUUGUAUUACUGGUCGAGAAGAGAGCCGUACACGCCUGUCUCCGUUUCUUUUAUGACAGUACAGGGGUAUCAGCUACCAUUUUUAUUGCUACUACUACAUCUGCUAAUGGGCCGGGAUCUGUGGCUCGACGCCUUCGGACUCGCGGCAGGUCAUGUCUACUACUUCUUGAGAGAAGUGCUGCCAGCAAAUGGGGGUCCAGAUCUCCUCAGCAGAGCUCCUAAGGUUCUCGACAUGGCUGCGGAGUACGUCUCCAACAACCCCACAUCAGCUGGAGCCGGAGGAGGGCCAGGGGGCCCACCAGGCGGCCCCCCCCGCGCUCCGGCUGGCGGGGGCGUUGCAGCAGGAGGGGCGACUGGGGGCUCCACUGGCAGGGGCUGGGGCUUCUCUGUGCGGCGUAGGGGCCCCCCUGGGACGGAGCCGUUUACAGGUAGAGGCUAUACACUUGGCGGGGGUUAG